GCGGAAGUGGAGGGAGCGCUUGGCGGCGGCGGCGGGAGCUGCGGAGUCGGGAAUCAAAAUAAAGGGCCUGGGGGGGGUGGGGGGUAGGCGGCGGUGUCGGAAUGUGAGCCAAGAAGGAGCUAGUGGCUGAGGGUGGAAGAAAGAGAAAAGAAAGAUGAAAGAAUGUUGAACCAUAUUGUCUGGCUAUGUGAUGGAAGGGAAAGGAACUGAGAACCCUUGCAGCAGAACACUUGGAUGGUUUCACCAAGAUAAUGAUGCUAAGCCGUGGCUUUGGAAAUUCUCUGGUUGCUUUUCUCGUCCCGAGCAGACAUUGCCUCUUAGUUCCCAAACGAAAGAGUACAUGGAGAACAAGAAAGCUGCUGUGGAGUUAAAGGAUAUACCAUCUCCCCUUCAUGUUGGCUCUAAAUUUUUCCCAGCAGUCCCACUUCCUGAUAUUCGUUCUCUUCAGCAACCUAAAGUACAGCUCUCAGCUAUUCCCAAAGUAAGCUGCUGUGCUCAUUGCCCUAAUGAACCCUCCACUUCACCCAUGCGUUUUGGUGGUGGCAGUGGCAGUAGUGGAGGUUCUGGGAGCUUGAUUCACACGGGCUCACUCUUAGACUCACCAAGCACUGGGACAGUCACGUGUCAAGUAGGGUCAGGUUUUGCUUUCCAGUCCGUGUCUUCACUGCAGAAUGCCUCCACUAGGAACAACUUGGUGGGCCUUUCAAGUGACUUCCCCAGCAUGUGUGUAGAGAGUAACCUACCUUCCUGCAAGCACCUGUCGUGUUGUGGGAAGCUCCAUUUCCAGUCAUGUCACAGUAAUGUACACAAGCUGCAUCAGUUCCAGAAUCUUCAGGGCUGUGCCUCUGCUGGCUAUUUCCCCUGUUCCGAUUUCCCAAGUGGGGCUCCUGGGCAUUUGGAAGAGCGCCUUUCCCAUUCAGAGCUUACACCUCACUUGUGCACCAACUCUCUUCACCUAAAUGUGGCACCUCCGGUUUGUUUAAAGGGCUCACUUUACUGUGAAGACUGUCUAAACAAGCCAGCAAGAAAUAGUAUAAUUGAUGCUGCUAAAAUCUGGCCAAAUAUACCACCUCCAAGUACUCAGCCUGCACCUCCAGCUAUUCCUGUGUGUAAUGGCUGUGGAACAAAAGGCAUGGAAAAGGAGACCUCAUUGUUGUUGGCAACCAGUCUAGGCAAAACUGCUUCGAAAUUUGGGUCACCAGAAGUUGCAGUCACUGGACAGGUGCUGGAGACCCUCCCCCCCAUUGGCGUUUUCUGGGAUAUUGAAAACUGCUCAGUCCCCUCUGGCCGGUCAGCAACAACUGUUGUACAGAGAAUCCGUGAGAAGUUUUUUAGAGGACACAGAGAAGCAGAGUUUAUCUGUGUGUGUGACAUCAGUAAAGAAAACAAGGAAGUUAUUCAAGAGCUGAAUAAUUGUCAGGUAACCGUUGCUCACAUAAAUGCUACUGCAAAGAAUGCUGCUGAUGAUAAACUCCGUCAGAGCCUGCGAAGGUUCGCAAACACGCACACUGCUCCAGCUACUGUGGUUCUUGUGUCAACUGAUGUCAAUUUUGCGUUGGAACUCAGUGAUCUUAGGCACCGGCACGGUUUCCACAUCAUUUUGGUACAUAAAAACCAGGCCUCUGAAGCCUUGUUACAUCAUGCUAACCAGCUGAUCAGAUUUGAAGAGUUCAUUUCUGAUCUCCCCCCUCGGUUACCACUGAAGAUUCCUUGCCACACUCUACUCUAUGUUUAUAACCUGCCAGCAAAUAAAGAUGGCAAGAGCAUCAGCAACAGGCUCAGGCGCCUCUCUGAUAACUGUGGUGGCAAGGUGCUGAGUAUCACAGGCUGCAGCGCAAUUCUCCGCUUCAUAAACCAGGACAGUGCAGAGCGGGCCCAGAAGCGAAUGGAAAAUGAAGAUGUCUUUGGCAACAGGAUCAUCGUGUCCUUUACUCCAAAACAUAGAGAAUUCUUUGAAGCCAAGAGUUCAAAUGCUAUUGCCGACAAAGUGAAGUCUCCCAAAAAAGUUAAGAACACAAAAUUGUGCCUCAUCAAAGACACAAGUGAACAGUCACCCAGUGUCAAAGCCAUGCCAGGGAAAGUGUUGCAGGCAAAUUCUGGAUCUGCUACAAAAACCACAAACAUUAAAAGUUUACAGGAGCUGUGCCGAAUGGAGUCAAAGUCUGGCAAUAGAAACAGUGACCAUCAGCAAGGCCAUGGGAGGCUGGCAGCACUGCCUAACAGUGGUCCAACUGCUUCAGUGCCCAUCGUGAAGAACACAGGUGUGACAGAGCCACUUUACAGAAGCAGUCAGAAAAAAGAGAACCCCAGUUCCCAGAGCACUGUCAACUCUCCUGUAGAGAAGAAGAAGAGAGAGGAGACUGUCUUCCAAGUAAGCUACCCAUCCGCAUUCAGCAAGCUGAUCGCCUCAAGGCAAGUCAGCCCUCUGCUCACCUCUCAGUCUUGGUCUCCGAGGAGUAUGUCUCCAAACCUUUUGAAUAGAGCCUCACCACUUGCUUUCAACAUUGCCAAUCCCAGCAGCGGUGCUGACUGCCCAGACCCAUUUGCAAAUGGUGUUGACAUCCAGGUCAGCAAUGUGGACUACAGGCUGUCCCGGAAGGAGCUGCAGCAGCUCCUCCAGGAAGCCUUUUCCAAGCAUGGCCAGGUGAAGAGUGUUGAGCUCAGUCCCCAUACUGAUUACCAGCUCAAGGCCAUUGUGCAGAUGAGAAACCUGCACGAAGCAAUCUGUGCAGUGAACAGCCUCCAUAGGCACAAAAUUGGCAGCAAGAAGAUACUGGUCUCACUCUCCACAGGAGCUGCCAACAAGUCACUCUCUUUACUAAGCACAGAAACAAUGUCUAUUCUUCAGGAUGCUCCUGCCUGUUGCUUGCCUCUCUUUAAAUUUAUAGACAUCUAUGAAAAGAAGUAUGGACACAAGUUAAAUGUGUCUGAUUUAUAUAAAUUAACAGACACUAUUGCAAUCCGUGAACAGGGAAACGGGCGAUUGGUGUGUCUCUUACCUAGUAAUCAGGCCCGCCAGAGCCCCCUGGGCUCUUCCCAGUCACAUGAUGGCUCCUCCUCAAACUGCAGCCCAGUUCUGUUUGAAGAGUUGGAGUAUCACGAACCUGUCUGCAAGCAGCACUGCUCUAACAAGGACUUCAGUGAACUUGUGUUUGAUCCAGACUCUUACAAGAUUCCUUUUGUGGUUCUCUCUUUGAAAGUGUUCGCACCUCAAGUUCAUAGUCUUCUGCAGACCCACCAGGGCACUGUGCCUUUGCUAAGCUUUCCAGAUUGCUAUGCUGCGGAGUUUGGUGACCUAGAAAUUACGCAAGACAGCCACAAGGGUGUCCCCUUAGAGCACUUCAUCACCUGCAUUCCAGGAGUGAACAUUGCCACUGCUCAGAAUGGCGUCAAAGUAGUGAAGUGGAUUCACAACAAGCCCCCACCUCCCAACACUGACCCUUGGCUUCUUCGUUCUAAAAGUCCUGUGAGAAAUCCCCAGCUGAUUCAGUUCAGCAGAGAGGUCAUUGAUUUACUGAAGACCCAGCCAUCGUGUAUACUACCCGUCAGCAAUUUCAUCCCUUCAUACCAUCACCACUUUGGAAAGCAGUGCAGGGUUUCAGACUAUGGUUAUUCCAAGCUGAUUGAACUCCUAGAAGCUGUGCCUCAUGUGUUGCAGAUUCUUGGUAUGGGCUCCAAGCGUCUGAUGACCCUUACUCACAGGGCCCAGGUGAAGCGCUUUACUCAGGAUUUACUAAAACUUCUUAAGUCCCAGGCCAGCAAGCAGGUCAUCGUGAGAGACUUUUCACAGGCUUAUCAUUGGUGUUUCUCAAAGGACUGGGAUGUCACGGAAUAUGGUGUUUGUGACUUGAUUGAUAUAAUAUCAGAGAUCCCAGACACAACUAUUUGCUUGUCCCAACAAGAUGACGACAUGGUCAUUUGUAUCCGAAAAAGAGAACGAACUCAGGAUGAAAUAGAAAGGACAAAGCAGUUCUCCAAAGAUGUUGUGGACUUGCUGCGCCACCAGCCCCAUUUCAGAAUGCCCUUCAACAAGUUCAUUCCCUCUUACCACCACCACUUUGGCCGACAGUGUAAACUUGCAUACUAUGGAUUUACCAAGCUGCUUGAACUUUUGGAAGCCAUACCUGAGAUUUUACAAGUGUUGGAAUGUGGAGAAGAAAAAAUCCUGACUUUGACUGAAGUGGAGCGAUUCAAAGCUCUAGCCGCCCAGUUUGUUAAGCUUCUGCGGUCCCAAAAGGGUAACUGCCUUAUGAUGACAGAUCUGUUUACAGAAUAUGCUAAAACUUUUGGUUAUACAUUUCGUCUCCAAGACUAUGAUGUCAGUUCAGUCUCAGCUUUGACACAGAAGCUCUGCCAUGUUGUAAAGGUUGCUGAUAUGGAGUCUGGUAAACAGAUCCAGCUGAUCAAUAGGAAGUCUCUGCGGUCUCUCACUGCUCAGUUGCUGGUCUUGUUGAUGUCUUGGGAAGGGGAUGCUUAUCUUCCUGUUGAUGAGCUCAGGAGACAUUAUGAAACCACUCACAGCACUCCUCUCAACCCCUGUGAAUAUGGAUUCAUGACCCUGACUGAGCUACUGAAGAGUCUGCCGUACUUAGUAGAGGUUUGUACGAACGAUAAGGCAGAAGAGUAUGUGAAGCUCACAAGCCUGUACUUGUUUGCAAAGAAUGUGAGGUCUUUGCUUCAUACCUAUCACUACCAGCAGAUUUUUCUUCAUGAAUUUUCCAUGGCCUAUAACAAAUAUGUUGGAGAAACACUACAGCCCAAAACUUAUGGCUACAGUAGUGUGGAGGAAUUACUGGGAGCCAUCCCACAGGUGGUCUGGAUAAAAGGACAUGGUCAUAAGAGAAUUGUAGUGUUAAAAAAUGACAUGAAAAACCGCCUAAGCUCAUUUGACCUUUUCUCUGUCAAUCAUGAAGACCAGCCUGCAGUGAGCAGGCAGAUCCUGGCGGUGCCAGAAUCCCAUCUAGCCUCAGAACUCCAGCUCCGAACAGGACCCAGCCAGAUGGAGCAGGAGCUUCUGCACCUGGCCAGCAGCUCCCCCGUUGACCUGCUCUGUGCUCCUGUUCCUUCAUGCCUGCCAUCCCCUCAGCUAAGACCAGAUCCUGUCAUCCUGAAGCCCGCUGAUCUCAUUCAGUUUGAGGAACACCCUCAAGAGCCUUUGGGAGUUUUAGUUUUAAACCAAGAAGAAAAAUCAGAAGUUCCACUACCAGUGCAAAAGGGAAACCUGUCCUGUGACUCCUCACCCAGCAGCCCAGCAGCUUCUCCUGCUCCUCCUGGCCCCUCCUCAGAAGCCCCCAGGCCACUUUUCAGCAAGGAUGCAGUGGAAAGCCCAGCCAAAAAGCAGCCCAAAAAUAGAGUCAAAUUGGCAGCCAACUUUUCUUUUGCACCUGUAACCAAGCUUUAACUCCCAUUUGAACAUGGAAUUAAAUUAGGAUGGGGGAAAACUGUCUGACUCUACACACAAAAAUGGGCUUAAAAACCUCAUUUUAUAUCUUGACCCCAGAAGCCACUUUCAUUAAUGGCACCUAGGGAAAUGGUUGGGUUUUUGUUGUUGUUGUUGUUUUUUGUUUGUUUGUUUUUGUUUUUGUUUUAUUUUUAAACUUUUAGAUAAACAUGUUCUUCCUUUAUUUCUCCCACUUAUUUGAAAGAACUCUUCCAUUAAGGAAUCUGUAAUAUUUCACCAAAUUUUUCUAGACUGUUGUGAAUUGUGGUGGUUGGGAAGAAAUUCGCAGAGAUCACUCAGCAGGAAGUGGCUUGAGUCCCAUUGAGCAAUCUCCAUCAUUUGUUUAAGCAAAUGGAUUUGUGGUUGUUCGAGAAGCCAAGCAUGCCCAUGAGCCUGUGGGUCACACACUGGGGAAUGAGUGAGUGGCAGGAGAGCCAUUUUUAGGCUGACAGGAAAGUUCCUGGCUUCUAGGUGACUUGUUGGUGUGCCUUGUUUUUUAUGUAACUAUGUCUGGUUAACCAGUGUAGCUUCAUCCCAUUUUUUUAAACAUUUGCAUUUGGGGAUUCCAUUUAAGAGCUUUCUAGAAAGUUAUUUCAUGCUUCCCUUCUCUGUCUGUCCCAGUUUGAUAAGGAUAAGGUUAAGGAGAGGAGAUGGCCUCGAUGUCAUGUAUUUAAAGUCAGGGUUUAAAUGACACAUUGUGUGUUGAGAGGUGGCAAUGGUAAGAGUCUGAUUUUUUUAAACUAUGCAUUAAAUGUAUAAAUUGUAAAUCAGCUGAAGUGCUUCAAGAGGCGUGGGUUAGAUACUAUUGCCACUAAGAAGAGACCAGAGUUCUAUCUGUAAUGUGAAGGCCAAGUUUGAUCAGCCUAUCCUUGUUCUUGCGAUUUAAAAGUUGGCUGUAAAUCUGGGAAGCUCUCCAUGUGAAGAUGUGUGUCCAUGUUAGUUCAUCUGGACGUCUCUCAAUAGUGUGUGGUCUUUUCUGUCACUUCUCACUAUUGGAAGCGCGUUUGGGUUUUUGUUUUGUUUUUUUGUGGUGUCUGAUGUUGGCAUUUGAGAAAAGCCAGCCUUUGUGGGCACUGCCUUGUGGAAUGGCCUUCUCUCUGGGUGCCUGAGGUAUCCACUUAUGAGUGGCCUCUCACCCGUGUUAGAGAGACCUGACAUUUACAAUGGAUUGUAUCUGUUGGGCGAAAAAGGCAAAUCCAUUCAUGAGCAGAAAGAAACUGUUGGCACACAGUCUUCCACUAGUUAGAUGACUUCUUUGGUGGGAAAUGUUUAUAAUUUUUUUCUAGAAAGCCAGAAAAUGGAUUCUGAUUUCAUAGCCAGCAUUUUGAUAAAAAUGUCACAAAAUUAAAGGCUGUAGAGAGAUUUUUUUUUUACAAGUUGAUUUUUUUUUUUUUUUUUUUUUUUUUUUUUUUUUUUUUUUGCCAAAAUCUUUUAAAUGAAGCCAUUGAUUCCCAGUUCUUAGUAAUAUGACCUGCCCCGGAUGAGCUGCACUGGAAAUGUUGUGCAGGCUUGCCACUCUUUCUGUGCAAGCCUGAAGGUACUUUCUGUGCAGGCCUGGAAGCACUUCUUUCUGAGGCCUGAUAGCACUUCCUCUUUAAGGCCUCAUGGCACUUCCUCUGCGAUUUUAGUGCAUAGGAAGCAAAAUGGCACAUGUGCAAUUUCUUUAAGGCUUUUAAGCCGUAUAAUAGAGUUGGUGUUGAGAGUGUGAGUUGCCUUAUUUGCAGAUAUCCUAUGGCUAAGCCUGCCUGCUCAGACUUCAGGUUUGCAAGCAUAGAGGGAUUAUGGAUUUGAAAACACUAGAUGCCACUAAAGUUACUUGGAGUCAUCUCAAAGGUCAGGUUCUAUGGGCAGCAAAGAAUAGUUGUGUACAGUGAACGGGUAUGUGUUUGCCAUUUGCUGGAGUUGCCCAUAUGUUUGGAGUGUGUGUGACUAACCCUUACUAUUUAAAGAUGUGAAGACUUGAUUGGAAGCACGCUGAGUGUGGUGUGCCCACAGUGGCCAGUCCAAUCACUAUUUCAUCAUCCAGAGGCUUAGAUAAUGAUGCUAUGAUGUAUGCACGUGGAGAUGAUGAGACACUUUUUCUGCGUGGAAGGAUGUACCAGAUUAAAUUUAUCUGUUGAAAAGACAAAAGUUAUCACCAGAAUCCCCUUUCCAUCUUCCCAUCUUAUACUGUUUGCUUUUGAUGAGGCUUGGGGGACAAGUUUUUCUUAACUGUCUACUUUGUUUGAACAUUUUUGGGGGGUGGAGGGGGCGGGGAGGUUCAAGUGCUGUUUGUGUGUUGGGACCAAACAGUUGUCAAUAAACUUUAUGAGCAAUCAUCUGUAA